AGAGAGAGAGAGAGAGUUUUUGCACAAUCUCCAAAAUAUAAAACCUCUAGCAACGACUUUAUUUUCACGUAAACGUUCUCUCACGCUAAAGAAAAAGAAAGAAGAAGAUUCCAUUGCUUAUCUUUAUUCUUAUAUCCCCCACCUUCUCCGCACACAAGAUUGCUCAGAGACACAAGGUUGCAGAGAGACCCACCAUUCUAUCUUGCUGCUCAUUGAUCACAAUGUCUAGCUCCAGCCCUCCUGAGUUGCCAGAGCAAGCCACCAACACACUCAGCCACAUAGUCCGAAGCAUAUUCUCUUACGACGGAAACAUCAUGCUCGCGGCCGUAAUAUCUCUACUCCUUGUCAUCCUCUUCGUCUUGCUUCUCCACGUCUAUGCGAAAUGGUUCUUAGCCCAAGCCCAGCAACGGCGGCGACGCUCCAUGACCGUCUCGCACGCGCUCCGACCCUCUCGGUUCCACCAUUUCCAUACCUUCAACCUCGACACCUCUGUUCCCAGCCCUCCAACGAAAGGUCUCGACGCGUCACUCAUCACUACGAUCCCUCUCUUUCUAUACAGCUCAGCGGAGCACAAGAAUGGGUUGGAAUGCGUCAUUUGCUUGAGCCCGUUUGAGGAAAACGAGAUGGGGAGGGACUUGCCCAAGUGCCACCACGGUUUUCACGUGGAGUGCAUUGACACGUGGUUGAGUUCUCAUACGAAUUGUCCCAUUUGCAGAGCUCCGGUGGUGUGCGAGGCUAAGGUCGUGACGGUUGGUUCGGAAGCGAAUGCAGGGACUGAUUCAGCUGUUGAUUCUUCGGAGGGGGUAGGGAUUGAGUUGGGAACUGUGGGCAGUGAUGGGGAUUCUGCAAUGGAGUUUGUGAUUGAUAUUCCGGGUUGCGAAAAUCAGAGUGAUCAAAAUGCUGUGAUGGGAGAUUCUGUAUCAGUAACUUCAUCAUCAUCUUCGUCCCUGAGUUGUUCGCUGAAGAGGAUGCUGAGCAGGAACAGAUCAUCAGAACGCAAGGUUUUCCCAUCGUCUAAUAUGAAUGACGUGAAUGUUUGAGAGAGAGAGAGAGAGCUAGAGAGAGAGAGAGAGAUCACUGUGAAUGCCAAUACCUCAGCUCUUUGUUGUAUAGAGAUUUCUCGGAAAGUAAUCACCUUUUGCCAGAUUUUUCUCAUUGGACAUGUUGAUGAAACAUUAGUUCUUCCGGUUUUAAUUAUCACUAAUGGUAAGAUCCAAAGAUU